UUCUUGUAACAAUGAGUGAAAGAUAUCAUCCACCCAUCUUUUUCGUUACUCAAAUCGUUGGCUGCUCGCGCCCACGAUUCAAAUUCUUCAUGUUUCACGUCGCGCGCACGUAAUCACUCGGCGUUAACAGCUGAUUUCUCUAACUUCUGUCGGCCACAGUGUUAUCACCUUUGCGAGGCCACGUGGGAAAAUGGCCGGAGAAAACGUUAAAUUGCGGAUUUUGGCGCUCCACGGAUUCUUCCAAUCAGAUUCAGCCUUCAGAGUAAAAACUGGAGCUUUCAGAAAACCUUUUAAAAAAAAUGUUGACUUUACGUACGUGUGUGCGCCGCAUAAAAUACUUCGAACCAGGCCGAAUGCUGAUAAUAAUACGGAUGCUAAUGCAGAAGAAUUCGGAUGGUGGUUCAACAACUCGAAUACCGAAUUCAAAGCAACCAAUCGGAGCCCUGAGGCGGUCGGUUUUCAGGAGAGCGUUCAAAUGAUCGAAAGAAUUUUUAAAGAACAAGGUCCGUUCGAUGGAAUACUAGGUUUUUCUCAAGGCGCCGCGUUUGCAGCCAUUUUAUGCGCUAUGCAGCAAAAGAAACUGUCUUCGAUUAGGUUCAAUUUUGCCGUUAUGAUAUCUGGAUUCAAAUCACGUUGCGAAUCACAUUCCGUAUUCUACACCGAAUGUUUAGACAUACCAAGUCUUCACGUUUAUGGUACUGGCGACCAAAUUGUUCCACCUGAAAUGCCUCAAGAACUGACGAAGCUUUUCGCCAAUCCGAUUACGCUGACUCAUGUGGGAGGCCACUAUGUACCAGGAGAUAAAAAUCUAUACAAGGAGUUUCUAGAGAAAAUGUUGUUCAAAAAAAAUAAUCCCGAUUCCAGAUAAAAUUCAGGUAUUCGUAGGAUCGAAAUAUUUUGCGGCAUAGAAAAUAAACUAGAAACUUCGCAUAGCGUAGGUUUCCUUUUUCUAACAUUUUCACAUUUGAUUUCGCUAAUAACGGUCAGAUUCGAUGUAACUCACACGUGUCAGAUGUGAAAUGUGAAUUUCGUGCGCUGUACAGGAGAGUAUGUGGCAAUACGAUAUCCAUAGGCGAAACACGGUAAGGCAAUCAACUCUCCGAUUAUUAAAUAAAUAUUUGUUUUGACGCCUUUAUUUCAAAAAUCACAGGCACGGACUAAUUACAAUCUACUUACCUAAAAAUAAUAUUAAAUUUCUCGUGUAUUUCCAUUAAUAAAAUGUUAUUAUUCCUA